CUCGAACGGCACACAUCGUCUCUUGACCCACCACACGACUUAAUUUCAACGUACCUGUGUAAUAAAGUAAAGUUUUGUGGUGUAUUUAAGUUGACUAAUUUUCUCUAUAGACAUGAGCAUCUUUAUCUUUCACGGGUUUCUUUUAUUAUGCUUCGUCCAGGUCACGAUACCGAAUGUUGAGGUGCUGAAUUUAGCGGAAAUCGCGACAAAUAUAGACCUAAAUUCGCCCCAAAAGUGCCGUUACAGCAGAGCUAAUUCGAUACUGGAAGCGCGAUGCUCCAAUCUAGAUUUGCAGAAAAUCCCUUUAGAUUUGAAGACGAAUAUACAGGUACUGGAUUUUAACAGUAAUCGAGUGAGGGAACUGAAAAACGACAGUCUGCAACCUUACAAUAAACUGGCCUUCAUCUAUCUAGGUUACAAUUUAAUCCGUAAAAUCGAAGAGGCAGCCUUUGCUAAUCAGCCUUACCUGGAGGUGCUGGAUCUCACGGACAACAAUUGCCGCAAUCUGCCCAAGAGUCUUUUCCAAUUGCCGUAUCUUCGCACGCUCUACCUCAGUCACAACGAGUUCACCGAUUCCGUAUUCAAGGUCAAUGUCACCUCGCCCCUUAGACUGCUGCACCUGACCAAUAACAAGCUAAAUAAGAUCCCAAACAUAGGUGUCCAGCCGACCCUUCUUAAUCUCGAUGUGUCCGAUAACUUCAUCACCUCAAUCAGCACCGAAGAUCUGGCGCCGUUCUGCUCGCUGAAGGAGCUUGAUUUGAUCGGGAAUAGCAUAAGUUUUAAAGCGGGCAGCUGCAAUUGUCACACUUUCAACGCCUGGGUGAAACUGCGGAAAAUCAAGAUGCAGCCCAAUUAUCUCUACAAAUGUAUCAAUUCACCGACUCUGAACAAGGCUUGCGCCAACGUGACAUUUAGCAAUCGGACGUACGAGUUAUAUCACGAGUGCUUGGCAAUGAUGCACCAGAAGAUGAAGACCGAGCAGGCUCGAUCGUUCUUGAUACGUGUCGCUUUGUCCAUCUCGGUAUUCCUCUUCGUGGUGUUCGUGGCGUUGUUUUGCGUGUGCAAGCGGAACCGUAGGCAGCGCAGAAGGCAGAAGGAGCAGCUGACGGUAAAUAAUGACAACAUGAAACUGCUCAACAGCAACCUGACAAUAAUUAAUGAAAUAUUGGUCGAUAGAAUGCAGAAUUCUGUAAGAAGGACGUGAUAAAAGUGUAAAAUCCUAGUCAAAAAUAAUCCGUCAAUUAGACAUUGAUUAAAAGUCCAACAUAUUUUAUUCGAUAUUUCUGGCUUCUGGAUGAUAAUUAAUAACGUCUUUGUUCAAGAGGCUAUAUAAUAUAUAUAUCUCACUCUCUCUCAGAAAUUUGUAAUACAUUUUUAAAAAAUGACAAUCGUGCCAGAUGUGGCAUUCGAGCUAUUAUAUAAUCUUACGUUAAUAAUAUUUAUUGAACAUUGCGCGAGCUGUUUUAAAGAUGAUCAGAUACAAACUGAGGCACGUAGGUAUAUAUUCGUUUAAAUUCUCUGUAAAUCCUCAGUCGAUUAAACACUUUUAAUAAUCACAAAC